GCGACUCCCUCCCUCCCAUCAGUGAAUUCGUUGAACCAAAUCAUCUCCCACCGUACUUAAUCGGCGCUAUAUUUCCUCCCAAACAGUUCAACAUUAAAACAGAGUACCCCGAGGCGGGAAUAUAGAGUCGCCAGGAAAAACCCAUCAUGCUCUGUAGGAUCAUAUUCUGCGUCUCCGUCCUCCUUUCCAUCCUCAUCGUCCUCCUCCUCGCUUUCCUCUCCCCGAUUCCCCACCACAGUAAUCCCAACACCAGCAAGCCUUGGGUGGCUCUCUCUCUGUACCUCCAUCAGCCUCAGGUCUCGCCGUCCACCAGACACACCUCUGCCGCCGCCGCCGCCGGCGGUGUGUUCGUUUUCCACCGAUCGCUGACCGAAGGCCCGGAGAAUACUUCCAGAGUGGUCGGGAAAGCUCAGGGGUUCAUAAUCCCCGUCGAUACGUUUGCCGAUUCGGCUUUCAACGUCGUCUAUCUGACUUUCCAGACGCCGGAUUUUUCCGGGAGUUUGAGCGUGCAGGCGAGGAAUGCGGCGCCAGCGGGGAGGGAUGAGGAACGGCUGCUGGCGGUGGUCGGCGGAACUGGGUCCUUCGCGUUCGCUCGCGGGUUUGCGGUUUUGGCGCGGAAGGAGAGUGUGGAUAAUCGGAAGCAGGGGAGCGGUUCUACUAUGGCUACUUAUCAGUUGAAGCUUCAGCUCAAGUUUCCCAAUCGGUCCCAAACGAUUUUCCCUGCUGGCUAACCAAGACCAUUCACAACAAUAUUGGAAGGGAAAAUAGGGCAGAAAGGGUGGGGAAAGUGGCUUAGGAUAGAAUAGAGUCAGUAAUCAUUGGUUACUGAAUUAUGAGUAAUUAAAUAUGGAUCUUUAGUUUUAAGUGGGUCCAAAAAAUUCAGAUCUAAGAAUUGUCAAUUAAUGACAUUUUAUUUUCUCUAGUUUUCAUAAUCGGCUCUUAUCUUCUUCGUUUUAACUCGGAUUUCAAAUUUUUUUUUUGCACACAUGGAACGAGUUAGUUGUGCUCUACAAAAUGAGAUAAUUUUUUUUAUGGUUAAUCAAAAAUUUCAUUAAGC